CCGUCCACCGAGAGUCAGUGGCCAUAAUACGAACUGCCGCCCCAUGGCUUCCUCCUCCUCCCGUACCCUUUCGCCCUCCUCCCCCUGACCCGCCCCAAUCCGGCCUCCGCCCCGCCGCGCCCAGCUCCGUUCGUCCGCCGUCCCCCGCCCUCUCGCCGCCGCCGCCGCCGCCGUUCCCUGCCCCUCCUCCGCCGCGCCCCUCCCAAUCGCCGCCCCGCCUCGCUGCCUCCUCCACCGACCCGCCCGGAUUUUCUGGGCACAGGUUCCGAGGUGGCUAAACACUCUUGUUUUUACUCUUCGUCUAAGUGACAGCAAGCUGUUUCAAUCGCCAAUUGCUCAAGAGUUAAUGAAAAAGCAUUGUUGAUCCAUAAGCAAGGGAAUUGUGGUUGGCAUCAUGUCACAGAGAAAUAUGUCUUGGACACAUCAGGGUGCUAAUCCUGAAACAGAGGAAGGACAACUUCAGCCUGAAAAUUCCAAUAAUGGUGGCACUGGCAGUAAUUUAUCCAAUCAGGGCGUGCAAGUUGCUCUUGGUGUUCCAGGAAAUACUGCUAAUGAUGGAGUCCGUGAUUCACGGAGUUACUAUGAGAGCAUUAAUAAUCACCGCCAGCAUGCUCAGAAUUUAUACCCAUAUGCAGGCGUUGAUCCGAGUUUUGUCUACCCAUCGAAUAUGUACAAUCCCGGCAUGCCAACACCAUCUGCGAACAGAUAUGUCCCUCAUGCAAGUUUUGGACAGGGCAAUCCGCCACCCUCACCUUCAUAUCAUCAAGUUGCCACAGGAACUAUGGACGAGAGUAGCAGCAGUAGCAGUUUUGGUGAUGCCACCAGAGAAUCCAUGAAAACGAAGAAUGCGGUAGCUGAGAGUGGCCAUCAUUUUGAUCAUGGAUUUGCAAGCUCGAGUUCAUCUGCUCAUGUGCCUCAGCAUCCUGCACAAGGGACAUGGGGUCCUUCAUUUGAAUCACAUGGUGCACCAAAUGGCUCUUCUGCUGAUGGACCGAACAGGUCAACACAAAUGGCUACUCACCCAGCAUUGGUGCGUCAUGGUAACUAUGUAUUUCCAGCUGGUCACAUGGGCCAGGGCAAUACAUGGAAUACACAGCCUGUAAAUGUUAUUGCUGAUGGAGUGCCACACUGGGCAUACAACAAUUCAGUCCACAAUCCUUCAGGUCAGUUUGCUCAUCCAGGAACAAUGGGCAUGCCAAAUGGUCGUCUUCAAGAUUAUCAAGCUGGCCCUUCUGCUACUUUUCAUGGGUCUUUACCUCAUUUCAACCAGAUUCCUGUGCAUAGCACGCAAACUCCUGCUAUGCUUAAUCAUAUUCAGAUGCAAGGGCCUCAGCGUCAGAGCAAUGUAGUGCAAGGUGCAAAUCCUUCUGGAAUGGUGCAGGGUGCAAAUCCUUCUGGAAUGGUGCAAGGUGCAAAUCCUUCUCGAAUGGUGUUCACCUGGGAUCCAUGUCUGCCUUUCUCCAGUUCUGGACAUACUAAUGGACCUCCAGUUCAUGCAUUUUUGACAGAUCAAGUUUACCAUGGGAGUAUAAGAUUUCUUCAGCAAGCUGCUAUGGCGACUAUGUCAACAUUUUAUGAUGCAAUACAUCUUAUUGAUGAACAGUGGGAUAUGGGGCUAGAUAUAGACAGCAUGACGUAUGAGGAGCUUCUAGCAUUGCAAGAACAGAUUGGAGAUGUCAAUACCGGUUUGCCAGAAAGGCACAUCCGUCAAAAUCUGAGGGUAGAUCCGUAUGUUGUUCCCGGGGCAGCUCGCGGGUCUGAUCAGUCUGUGGAGAAGGACGCUUGCAUUAUAUGCCAGGAGGAGUAUGAGGCAGAAGAAGUCGUAGGGACCCUCGACUGUGGCCACAAGUACCAUGCCGCGUGCAUCAGGCAGUGGCUGAUGAUGAAGAACUUGUGCCCCAUCUGCAAGGCAGCAGCAUUGCCAGCAGAGAGAAGCGGGGGUGACCGGCGCCAAUAAAUCAUUUGCCGCGACUGAGAUUCAGCUCAGUUCGUUGUACAUAAGAGAUGUUGGAUGAUUGUGUUAUUUACCUGUAAUUUCCUGUUCGGUUUGUUGCGGACAUAGCCUGCCCCAAAACUGUAUAGCCAGAAUGCAUGGUUUCGUUUCCUAGACUGCUCUUAGACCCCCCCCCAUGGUGCCUGAACUUCUCUCAUCAUGGCUUUCCUAGAUUGCCCCUUUUAUCCAUUUGUACAUUGUAAUUAAACCUAUAUAUUUCCCUUUCAAAAAUCAGAAUUGAAAACUCAAA